AUGCCGUACCGUUUCCUUGCCUUCUCGUUGUGUCUCCAGCUGGGAACAGCCAGCGCUGAGAAGGAUCUUUCCGACGAGUCCAUCAACGCCAAUGAUCUGGGGCGGCGCUUUUGGCUUGGUGAGCUCUAUGACGCCAACACAGAUGAGCCCAUUGGUGGGUCUUUGUGGCCACUCAGCAUGCUCGACGAUCCGCGCUUCGUGCGGGAGACCCCUGCAGCGAGUUCAAGCUACGGAUUGACUUAUUCGGAUAGCAUCAAAGAGAAGAUGGACCUUCUUGGCAUAGACGGCUCCUUUGGUUUUGAAAGAGCCGUUGGCUUGACGAAAAUGGCACUUUCGGGCUCUGCAAAGUACUUGGAGUCGAAAGCUGACAGCAACUUGGAAGUCUCAAGCUACCUGCACAUGAAGGUGACGACAGUCCGGAAAACGCUGAAUGCUUUGGACCCGGAGCUUCAGGCUAUGCGUUUCGAUUUCAUCCCACCGCAGGCAACACACUUCGUAAGCAGCAUCAAGUAUGGGGCUGGCUGCAGCGCCAGAUUUACGCAGAAAGCCAGGAGCGAAGAAGAGAAGGAGCUGAUCCAGGGGAGUCUUCAUGGAGAGCUCCAGACAGCCAUGAUCCGAGCGGAGGCAGAGGUCAACUUGGACCUUCAGACUGCAGACCUUUUCAAGGAGAAGGCAACCACAGUGGAAGUUUGGGGCGAUGUCAUUCCAAGUGGCAGCGUGGAAUCUGCUGAUACCACAGAGAACCCAUCAGCAGGUGAAGAGAGCAGGCGCUUGGGCUCCUUUGCGCGAGCCAGCAGGCGGCUGUCAUGGUUUUCAGCGACCCAGGAGGUUUGUUGGGACAAGCCAAAUUGGCGGGACGGCGUCAGCGGCAAAACCUGUGAUGACUACCGGAAGUCAUACUGUGAGUCCCAAAGCUACAGGCCGGAUCGCCAUCCUGACUUAAAGCCGUCGAAAGCGGUCAACCAUCCGGACUUGUACUGCUGUGAUUGUGGUAGAUGCAGCGAUGCUCCCCACUGGACAGACUCAGACGGACGCGAUUGUGACCAUUAUCGCCUUCACUUCUGCAAGGAUGGCCAGUAUGAUGGUUCAGACCCUGCUCCACGAGUGAACCAUCCUGAGCAAAAUUGCUGUGGUUGCGGGCGGUGCAUCGAUACUGUCGACUGGACAGACUCGCAGAAUCAUACCUGCGAUUGGUAUCGUAACAACUCCCAGUGCAGCGCCGAUGUCUAUUUGCAUCAGACAAAUUCUACCAGAGCACAGCAAGAGAACUUUCCAGAUCUCAACUGCUGCGGCUGCGGCAAGGCAACCGCUUACGUCCAUGCGGUGGACCUGAACACGACCACUACCACGACAUCCACGACGACCACCAUGGUGGCCACGUUUCAAGGCUCUUCUGACUCGGCACUGAGGCGUCGAAGGAGCGUCGAACUUCAAAAGCCUUCCAGAGUGCCGACAGACCCUCGCAGCGCUUUGGACUACCUUUCGAAGGUGCACAUCGCGGCCCUGCAAGAUGGCGGCGUUCCGCUCGAGGUUACACUUACCCCCGUGAAAUGGCUGGUCAGUGGGCGCGAAGUAAUUGCCAGAAGGCUCACCGCGCAGAUCAUUAAUGUGGCAAUUGACAUCGAGGAGAACUUUGACGAAGGUGUACGCAUCAUCAAUGACCUGGCUGCCGCUCGUCUAACGUACGAGCGGGACAAUCUGGGAUUCCGUUCCUGGACCUGGGAGGUAGAGCUUUUCAAUCGGCAGCAGAAGGAGUACCAGAGAGAGUACCGAACGAACCUCGCAAAGGCACUGUUUGCAUACAAGACGGGGGCAGCUUUGGAUGAGGUGAAUGACAUCCUUGCCCAGCACUAUGCCAGCAACUUCACGAUCGAUCUGAUCCGGAAGUUCCGCGAGGAGCAAACGGACUCUCUCAAUUCACUCGCGCAACUUGUGCUGCCACUGCGAGCUGAAGGAGGUGCCACACUUGCAACCCAGUUCUCCGACUAUGUUGGGCCCACAAUUUCCGUGAACUAUGAUGCCGUGGUGGUUCUGGUUAUUGCUGGCAUGAACCCGGCGGCUAGCCGCGAAACAAUGGUCAGCGUUCGUCGAUUCCUUGCCUUCGGCCGUAAGACAGGCCCCCCAACUCACUGCUUGCGUGCAGUACAGUGGCAUGCUGAGAAGGCCAACAACCAGCCGGAAUGCGUUGAAUCCUACAAGCUGAUCGCGAUUCACUUCGACUCUUUCUGCUACCAAUUCUGCGCAGACAAGAGCUCGUGUUUUCCAGCAGCUCGAAAAUGCAGCGACCCAGCAGCCUCAGCUUUUCUGCACUUCUCCCGAGACCGGGAGGCAUGGUGUCGCAAUCCGUGCACUCGUGUCAUUGCCCACUACAAGCAGGGAGCUGCGGAGAGCGCUGAGAGGUUGCUGCCGGAGCUGCCAGCAGCUCCUACCAUUCUCAAUGUCGAUCCCACUGACCAGGAACCAGAUCCAGAGAAUCAGCGGGUUGAAGUGUUCGUGGAUGUGCCAACAGGAGCCAUCUCGCUACGAUUGCGAAUCAUUCACUACGAGUUCGUGGCCGAGACCAACAGUUGGACAACGCACCAUCGCAUAUUUGAUACCCACACGCCCGAGACAAAGAUCACCGUUGGUUCCCUGAUCGCCGGCAGGUACUACGCCUUCCAAGUUACUGCCGUGAAUGAGAUCGACGAAGGCCCAUAUAGCGACAUCUAUCCGAAUGCCUCAGGUCUAUUGGUAGGUAUGCGCACGGCGACCAUCCGCCCUCAAACUCCCAUCCAGCAGCCUGACCCAAUUUCGCCGCAGUGCACUGCAGCAAGCGCAAGCUACUCGCUGGUCAACCGAGCCCCCAACUGGCUGUCGUGGAACGUGCGACUGACCUUCAGCGAGCUCCCACGCAAUCAGGAAAAGCCUGCAAGUGUACAGUUCAUCCCACCGGAUGGCAGUCCUUCUUUCGAUUGCUUGGGUUUCGAACUGGAACCUGGCACUUCCUACUCUGCAACCUGCAAGAUUCCGUGCAGAAAUGCGAAUGCCUCAUCGAACUUGCAUGUGAUUGUGUGGGACUCCAACAAAAUCACCAAGAUCGCAGAGGGUGCGCUGACGCAUGAGCCAAUUUCGGCGAUGACCUGCAGCAGCUUCUUUCCUAGCACUCCGGUCUUAUGCGACGUGGCAGACGAGAGGCAGCGAAGGUGUAUGGUUGGCACAAUUGCCAAUGGCUCCGUUUGCGAUGCGUGCUAUGACCACUACACGCCCAAGACCUAUCGUGUGUCGGAGCACCGCUGCACAGGUUUCCAGUGCGACUUUUUCCAACGGUGGUGCCCACUGCGUGGCUGCAUCACCGACUCCUGCGAUGCAGGUUGCCAGUCAGGGAGCUCGGACUGGACCACAGACGCUGGAGGCACACUUUGCGCCCUGCCUUGCGAGAUGUACCCAGAUGUCCCAUCUGUCACUGUGGCGGAGUUGACUGUACCGGCUGGUAACCAUACCAAACUAUCCUGCAACGUGGCGGCAGGAUGGGGCCCGCUCUGGGACGAAGUUCUGGGAUCACUCCGUGAUGGAGAAGUCUACUUUCAUUGUCCCGAGGGCAACACACGCCAAGAGUAUCGAGUCAGUGAGGUUGAGCCUAUUCCCGCGUGCAUGCCACUCUGCCCACCGGGCACGGUUGUGGAUGAAGGGCUGUCGUACGCGUACCGUGGGCUUUAUCAUGGUGAGGAGCUCAGUGUUGACUGUCAACCCCCGUACGAGGCCGGCACACUUCGCCUACGCUGCUUGGACAAUGUGGUCACCAUUCUGACCAAGACUUGCAAGGUGCCCCUGGCAGAUGCCGAAGUGCUUUCCAUGAACUUUCCGUAUAGAUCGGAUGGCGAUGGAAGCGCUUAUCUCAAGACAGGAUUCAUAGCUGGCAGCCGCGCCUUUAUUGCCAGCUCUGCGACAUCCCUUCAUGAUUAUGGUGGGAUUGUCUACCAGCUCGAUCUUGGCAACUUUCCCUCCGAAUCCAGCAGGAGCCAGUUUAAACUAACAGACCGCAACCCUCUCUGGGCCGGAUUCGGUUCGAGCUUUGGCCAUGGCCAGUAUGGAUAUUUUGUCCAGGGUCGACAAAACACCAAUCCCGGAUAUGUCGGACGUGUGUUCCGAAUUAGCCUUGAGAGCUUCAACACCGUGGCCGAGUUGGAUCUCGAGGCAGCCCAUUCCGAAAUAUUGAUGGCUGAAGGAGCUUUCACCGAUGGGGUGUACGGUUACGUCGGCUUCGGGCGAUAUCAUACCAGCUACGGUUUUGCCCGCUUCUCUCUUGAUAGCUUCGACAGAGCGAGCGUGCUGACUCAGAGUCUGGAUGUGGAUGGUAUGUCGCAAAUGACCGGUGGAUUCGCGAGUGGUGAAUAUGGCUACAUUUGCCAGGGUGGUAGCAGUGGUGACGUGGCACGCUUCAAUCUUGCCGACAUGUCAGAGCUAUCAGUAGCGCUGACGGCGCUAGGAAGUCAAACUAUGGAUUGCUUCACAGCUGCUGGCUUUGGCUAUUUGCUUCCAGGAAGUCCUUGGGGGCACCGAGGCGGAUCGCGCAUCUUCAGGUUCAGCUUGGCCAAUAUUACCGAUAUGAAGGUUGUGGACUUGGCCAUCCGGGACUCAACGUUCCGUGGCUUUUUCGGCGGAUUUACAGACGGAAUCUUCGGGUAUUUGGUCCCAUACGACAACGAUGGCUGGGUCAACAACGGGUACUUCAUUCGCUUUGAGCUUGAGCGCUUCCACAGUGAUUAUGUGUCUUGGAGGCGCUUGACGGACAUUGACCCUGCUCUUGGUGGAUUCAAAGGAGGCUUCACAGACGGCACCUUCGGAUAUUUACUUCCAAGCAGACGGCACAAGCUCGUUAGAAUCAGGCUGUGA